CCCAGGGGUGAGACGCCAGCCUCCGCAUGAUGCCAGCCCGUGCCAUCCUCCACCUCCUCCUUGUCCUCCCAUUCUGCGUGGACCCUGGGCUGGCAUCCUUCUUCUUGCAAUGCCCACAGGCGUGCGAAUGCCAGGGUCCAGUGGCCUUUUGCAAAGGGGGUAAGAUCCCCCCCCUCGACCCACGGUCCACGCAGCUCAGCUUCGACUCGGCCGACCCUCCCAUCGCAGUGUUCAGCACAAGCUUUGCCCAACACAUGGACCAUCUAGUAACCCUAGAGCUGUCUUCUGUGGGGAUGACAAAUAUUGAAUCCGGUGCCCUGGGACAGAUCCCUCGACUCACCACCCUCAACAUCACACACAAUAAUAUUACGGCCUACACGGGACUUGAGACAUAACACAAACUGACCCUCACUUCUCCCACCACUAACCCCAUCCGCCACCAGGUGAUUGAGAACGGGACUUUUGUGCCCCUGACCUCCCUAGUGAACCUCAGCCUGGCCCAGAAUGCCCUCACCUUCCUCCCAGGUCAGCUGCCAGGUCAACUGCGCUUACUUGACCUCAAUUUCAACAAGAUAGCUGCUGUCCCAAGCCUAGCACUGGACAGGCUGAUCACACUCAACCUCUGUCACAACAUCAUUUUUAAUGUCACUCAAAACCAGCCUGGAAUGCAGAGACUGAGGAACCUCUGUCUUGGAGGAUCAAACUUCACGGUGACCGAACGUUUGGUCAGCACCGAGAACUUCCCUAUGCUUGAGAGCCUAAAACUUCAGGGAGGUGAUUCUGGGGUGAAGAUCACACCUCAAGCAGGAGACAAUAUCAAGGGGAUGGCUUCCUUACGUACUUUGGAGCUCGACUCAUGCAUUCUCAGCGACCUCCAGCUCUUCAACCAGCCAAACAGCAGCCUAGAGAACCUCCGCGUCUCCAACCUGAAGAUUAAAGGCAAGACCAGUGUGCGGUCCCGACUCGCUCUCCCAUCUGUACAUGUCUUUGAUGUAUCUGGUUCCCCCAUCCUCGCGAACUUCUUCCUGACCUCUCCUGCACGAGACGGCUUUGUCCUCACUGAACUCACCACUCUCAAGAUGUCCCGCUGCAACAUCAAGACCUUUGACAAGUCUGUGCUCCUUGCCAAGGCCCCCAACAUCAAGAGGCUAGACCUGAGCCACAACCCUCUCGAGUGCACCUGCUACGGCCUCUCCUGGAUUCCCCAUUACGUGAGGGAGGACAAGCUCAGCCUGGUAGGGGAGGAGAACACAACAUGUGCCUCACCUGACCACCUAGCUGGUCUCCCCUUGCUAACAGCUACCCUGUGCCCCAUCGAUCCCAGCAAGGAAACAUCAACUACACCCUCCACAUUGCCUGCCAAACAAACGACAACUGCCAAUUCUACAAUUCUCAUACCAAGCACCACAGAGCCAAGAAACGUGACUUCAAUGAACAAGCAAUCUCCUGACACCACCACUGUUUUGCCGCUAACAACAGAGGCUGAGCCAACCACCAUGCAACAUACAACUGAAGCAGCAGAAACCUCAACACUGCUGGGUGAAAUAGCAGUUAACAUCUCGGGGAUUGGGCGCUCCGGACCUCCCCCAGGCUCAGUGUCCGUCGACGCAGGCACCUUAGAAAGCCCGGCAGCCCCAAAGACUCGACCCCCAUUGGCCUGGCUUGGAAUAGCAGCUGGUACCCUAUUGCUAGUCAUGUUAGUCGUGGUGGUAGUGGGCGCGGUGGUCAGGAACUCCCGCAACCGCCACUUGGCCAUUAGCCACAGGAGGAUCAGUAGCCAGGACAACAUGGUUGCUAUGGCUCAGAUCUGCAGGUCGCAGGACCAGCUUCUCUGAGCCAGACGGCAUCACAACAUGGAGACAGAGGAUAUGAUCAACCCUAAUGACAUCUGUGGAACUGUGCUCUUUGGUGUAUUUCUGGGACCUUGUGUUUGUGGCUUUUGCAUGUGUGUGGUAUAUCAGUAUAGUACUUUUUAUUAAAAAAAAUAUAUAUGCUUAAAAAACAA